AUGGAAAAAAGACGUGAAGCCUUUGGAGAGUGGCCCAAGGCAGUGAAGAUGCUGAAGGACUUGAGGAGAAGCUGUGUGAAGCUGAGGGCACUUGGUCUGCUCAGCCUGGAGGAGGCUGAGCGGCCGAGACUCCUCGUUUGUCGGGGCGGCAGAGCGGGGAGGCUCUCGGAGCUCCUCCAGCGCCUGGCAAACGCCUCCCCGCCUCGGGGGCGGCGAGCAUCCCGGCGCUCGGGGGCUGCGGGCACAGGUGGGACGCGGCCCCGCCGUAGCAGCGCGGCCACCGCGGGAGCGUCACCGCCACCUCCUCCCUUCCUCCGCAGAGCCCGAGCCCGCGGGCGGCUCCGGCGGGAGCCGCAGAGCCCCGCGCUGGCGGAGGCCGCUGCGGCGAGCGGGGCCGGAGCGGGGGCGGCUCCGGCGGGGGCGGCUCCGGCGGGGCCGGGGCGCGGACAGGUGGGUGGCGGGCGGUGCGAGCGCGGCGGCGGCGGCGGGGGCGGGCCGGCCGUGGGCAGGCGGCGGCGCGGAUGCCGAGCCCCCCGCACGGCGGCGGCAGCGGCGGGAGCGGCGGCGGGAGCCCCGGCCCCGCGAUAA